AUGAACUACCUGACAACUGAUGAGUAUCCUCGUGGUGAGGUGUGCGUAAGAGGUACCAAUGUAUUUGAUUCAUAUCUAGAGAAUCCGGAGAAGACCAAAGAAGACAUCAACGAGGAUGGAUGGUUCCACACUGGCAAUGUAGGCCGUUGGAAUGCAGAUGGCAACCUAUCUAUCAUUGAUCGCCAGAAGUCCAUUUUCAAACUGUCUCAGGGCAAGUACCUGGCGGCUGAGAAUCUCGAAGCUAUAUACGGCAGGUGUGACUAUAUUGCGCAGGUGUUUGUGACAGGAGACCCGUUUCACGUUUACCCCGUAGCUGUAGUUGUACCCGAUUCUGAAAUGAUCAUCGCUUGGGCCAGGGAGAACAAUAUCGCGGGCGAUGCUAAGACGAUCGCUCAAACGCCAGAAUUGAAAGCCAUGCUGGCCUCGGAGUACAGGACAUACACAAAGAGUCUUGAGGACUUCACUAUUGACAAUGAGCUGCUCACUCCAACUUUCAAACUGAAGCGUGUCAACGCCACUAAGAAGUAUAAGGAUCAAUUCGCAGACUUGUACGACGCGAUCGAGAAACACCAAUAA